AUGGCAGCAGACAUCAUGAGAAACUUCCUCGUCCAGGCCCCGACUCCAGCCUUCUUCCCCCUGAUUUUCCAAUACUCUCCAUGCAAGGAAGACGAAGAUGUGGAAAUGCUAGAGGAAAAGCCAGAAGUGAGGGAAGAUGAGGAAGAAAGAGAGCAGCUGCUCAGGUUUGCAGAUCUCAUCAGCCGUGACAUCCAGCGGUACUUUGGUCGCUGCUCUGGUGAUCAAGAAGCUUGUGACAUUUACAGCGACUCGGUCUCCGUCACAACCAGCGGGCGUCUGCGUUACUAUGACGACCUGCUGAAAAUCGCAAGAGCGGGAAGUUCGGAGGAGCAAGAAAACAGCCUGGUGACUUGUGCUGAUGAUCAAGGAGUCGGGGUUUCUAAGGGCAACAGCAGUUUGGGGCCCCUGGCUGAAUUGUUCAACCACAGGGUCCCGAGUCAGGGCCGCAGCCGACCAAUGAUCAAGCGGCAUCUCCCACUCAGUUUCUGGACUGAGCCAGUCCCCUACUGCUCUCUGGUUGGUUUCAGCAACACACCUGUCGUCACACACACAAACAGUGACACACCUUCACAGGACACCACACACACAGACGCUAGCACACACAUGCACUACAGCCCACUCCCACAUCACAACACACACACCCUUGACAGCACUCAGCCGGACUUCAGUGACUUGCUGGCCAACUGGGAUCCAAACCCGGAGCUCACACACACACUGACGGAGAACACACACAUGCAGCAUUAA